CUUUUAGAUUUCACAACUCUAAGAUCCUUAUUUUCCUCUGCAUUUCAAACCAGUUUUCGACUUUUCUUUUUUCCUUUGCUUCGCACCCAAGAUAUUCCCACCGAGAAGAAUUAGGGCUUUAAUAUAUAGAUAAAUUGAAGGUUUAAUCAUCAAAGUUUGAUCAUGGAGAUUUUGCAGAAGAGGAGAGCUCAAAUUCUGCUCUUAACUGUUGGCGUCAUUGCUCUCAGCAUCACAGCGGAAAAAUUUCGGCUGCUGGUCGGUGAAGAGGCUGCAUCAAAAAGUGCGCAGUUUACCGUCUUGAAUUGUUUGGACGGUAGUUCUGGGACCCUCGCAUGUGUAGUGAAGGAAGGCGUAAAACUUUAUUUCUACAACAUUAGGAGUCUUCAUGUUGAAACUAGAAGGAACAAAGCAAUCGAGGCCGCUUUGGCCGAUGCAGUAUCCCAAGGCAUGACUGCUAAAGAUGCUGCCAAAUUAGCCCAGACCGAAGGAGCAAAGGCAGCAAAGCUAGCAACAAAGAAAGCCAAGCGCAUUAUAGGCCCGAUUAUUUCUUCGGGAUGGGAUUUUUUCGAAGCUCUUUACUUUGGUGGUACAGUAACCGAAGGUUUCCUUCGAGGCACAGGUACCUUGUUUGGGACUUAUUACGUCGGGUUUCUUGGUGAGGAAAGGUUUGGGAGGUUCGGUUAUUUGGUUGGGAGUCAUUUGGGCAGCUGGAUUGGUGGGAGGAUCGGUCUUAUGGUGUACGAUGUUGUUAAUGGAAUUUAUUAUUUGAUGGUCGAAACUCGGGUUUAUGAAAGUGCUUCUCCGGACAGAGAGAAUUUUCCGGGUGAUGAAAAUGUUGAGAAAUCUGAUGAUGUGGCUGAAGAAGAUUCCGACGUGACUGUGAGUAAAGCUACUUCUUUUGAUGAGUCGAACAGUUUCGAGAUUCCGGCCGACGAGAGCUCUGAAUCAACAUGGAGUAGCAACUCUGUUGAUUCUGGCAGUUACGGGAUUCCAGCUGGUGAGAGCUUCGAUGCACAUGAUGAAUUUUAAUUCGGUAAAAUGAAGCGCGAUAUGUACUACAAAUCAUCAUGAAAUAUAAAUUGUUAUGUAGAGGUGUUUCAGUUGUCAUUGAUAGUCUUGUAUUUGUGUGGCAGAUUUUGCCCAUGGUAGCACUCUUCUUGUCACUGUAUGUUUCAGUUUGUAGAAUUAAAAACUCAAUACUGUAAAGAUAUUUCGUGGGCUUCUUAUCGGUUUACUAACACAUACUUCUAAAUAAAGUAGGAUUUUUC